AUGCUCGUCAACAUUGACACAUUGCGUGAGUGCACUGAAUCUUGGUCCCGGAUAACUCAAGAAGGAGGCAAGGUGUUGGCGUCGAUCGAUCGAAGCGAUCCAAGCAAAACGGUUCCAGCACUGACAAAAGUUAUGCAAGGAUUGAAGGACGUGCUUGAGAAGAUGUACGCUGAAUACGACCGCGUGAUGGAACGAAGCAACAAGUCGCAUGGCAACGAUGCAGCAGCAGGAUACCAAUCGGACCUCGAGACACUAAGCAAGUACUUGGAGAUGUAUGACCAAGAGUAUAUGCUCAAGGAAUCUAUCCAAUCGAUAGUGAAGGAGCGAGGAUGCUAUACACAACAACAUUUGAAUGGAUGCUCAGCAUUGUGGAUUACAGAGCCUUACGUAGACCAGCAAUUUGUUCAAAACGUCAUUCAAUCCAAUUCAUCUUGA